CCAGCACUGCAGGCGAGCGCCGUCGGGGCAGCAGCAGCAGCAGCAGCAGGAGGCAGCGUCGCUCCACCAUGUCCGCCACCCACUUCAACCGGGGCCCGGCCUACGGCAUGUCCGCCGAGGUCAAGAGCAAGUUAGCUCAGAAGUACGAUCCCCAGCGGGAGCAUGAACUGCGGCAAUGGAUCGAGGAUACGACAGGGAAGCGCAUCGGAGAGAACUUCAUGGAAAGCUUGAAAGACGGAGUCAUCCUCUGCGAACUCAUCAACAAACUCCAACCUGGAUCUGUGCGGAAGGUGAAUGAGUCCACUCAGAACUGGCAUCAGCUUGAGAACCUCGGCAACUUCAUCAAGGCCAUCACAAGAUACGGGGUGAAGCCCCACGACAUCUUUGAAGCCAACGACCUCUUUGAGAACACCAACCACACCCAAGUGCAGUCCACCCUGAUCGCUCUCGCCAGCAUGGCCAAGACCAAAGGCAACAAGGUGAACAUGGGGGUGAAAUAUGCAGAGAAGCAGCAGCGCAGAUUCCAGCCGGAGAAGCUGAAAGAAGGACGGAACAUCAUUGGCCUGCAGGUUUGUGAUCUAGAGUUGUGUCACUUGCUGAGCUCCACAGGGGACUCUUCAUUCAGCACAGCCGUUCACAGUGCCAAAUACUAUCACAAAUUAGCAAUUUAA